UUUUGACAGUACAUUUUAAACUAAGCGAAGCUGCUAUCGUAUUAACAACGAUGUUUGGUUUUAAAUAGAUAUUUUGUGCUGCUACUUAGAUUUAGGAUCAAAAUGUUGUAUAUAGUCAAGUGCUAGUGUUGUGUACGGAAGAGGUCGUAAAGGGAUUUUCUCACGAGAUGGCAGAGAUAAUAUUCCAGCGUCGGCGGCUGCUGCCCCCCCGCGACCCCUCCCCGCUCCUGUUGGUGCUGGCCCUGGUCUGCAGCUGCCGGGGCCAGCUCGUCAACCGCGCGCCGCACUUCCUACCGUCGGGAGACAUGGCGCAGUUCACGCUGUCUGAGGACACGCCCGUGGGCACGCCUGUCUACCAUUUAAAAGGCAUCGACCCAGAGAACAGCCCUUUGCGGUAUUCCAUAUCGGGGCAGUACUUCACGGUGGACGCGCAGACCGGCGUGGUGACGCUGGCGCGCGCGCUCGACCGCGAGCGGCAAGCCGCGCUCGAGGUCAUCAUCAGCAUCACUGACGAAGGGAUAGCUGGCACGGAGCCCAACACGGUGUCGCUGCGACGCGUAGUGCCAGUGCGAGACGUUAACGACAACCCGCCGCGGUUCCUCAACCGGCCCUACGUGCUCACCGUUAGCGAGGCUACACCCGUCGGCACUGAGAUACAGGUGAACCCGAAAAUAAUUGUGACAGACCAGGACGAAGGAGUAAAUGCCAAAAUUCAAGUAAUCUGCUCAACCAGAGAAAAGGGAAGUGAUAUGGAAGCCUGCAAUACCUUCAGAGUCAUCACUGAAACGAUCUCGGCAAACGAGUACCAGGUUCGAAUCUUCUUGAACAGCCCGCUGGAUUACGAGAGCCGGUCCGCGUACGUGCUGAGCCUGGAGGCGGGCGAUCAGUCCAGCGCGCCGCUGCGAGCCGCCGCCAGCGUGGCGGUGGCCGUGGCCGAUGUGCAGGACCAGCCUCCUGUCUUCGUUAACGCUCCUUACUCCGCUACAGUUCCUGAGAAUACUCUAUCCGACACUAGCAUAAUGGAGAUUAUUGCUAAGGACGGAGAUUCUGCUAACCCGAGACCUGUUUUACUGACAAUUGAAGGAGAUACUGAAAAGUACUUCAAAUUGUUGCCUGAACGAGCCGUUGGACGUGCCAUUUUAGUUGCUUCAGAUAUUCCCAUUGAUAGAGAAAGUGAAACAGUCAUGCAAAACGGAGGAGUGUACAGCUUUUUUAUCAGAGCAACUGAAUUGAUUAAUAACGAAUUGCCAUCAGAUUUUACAGUCACACCUGUCACAAUAAUUGUCACUGAUGUAGACGAUCAUGUCCCUGUAUUUAAUAAAGAUGUUUUUGAUAUAUCAAUUCCAGAAAACAUCGAAAAUGGCAGUCCAAUACCAGGGCUGUCUAUUUACGUUGAAGACAGCGAUAUUGGACAAAACAGCAAAUACGACUUAAGCCUACGUGAUGUGUAUAAUUCUAAAAACGUAUUUUCUAUAAGUACCGAAUACGGAGAAGGAAGAACACCAAUAAGUAUUAAAGUUAGAGAUUCUUCAAAAUUAGAUUACGAUGUAGAUGAUGAUGCAAAGAGAAUAUUCAGUUUUGAUAUUAUAUCUUCCUUUAAAGGCAUAGAACUAUCAUCCGCUAGAGUAAAUAUUAAAUUGUUAGAUAUAAAUGAUAAUUCGCCGAUUUUUGACGAAGCAAGUUAUAAAUUCAACGUAUUGGAAAAUGCUACACUCGGAACAAAAAUUGGCGAUGUACAAGCAACAGACAAAGAUUAUGGAAUAUUCGGAGAAAUAGAAUAUACUCUAACAGGUUUUGGGUCCACUCUAUUCAAGACUGAUAAAAAUAAAGGAGGUAUAUACGUAAGACAGCAACUAGACUACGAAAAACAAAAGAGUUAUAGUUUGACUCUGGUUGCAAAAGACGGUGGAGGGAAAGGAACAACUAGUAGCAUUUAUAUUGAUGUCCUUGAUGUAAAUGAUAACUCACCAAUAUUUGAAUCAUCUGAUUACAGUAGAACAAUUAGAGAUGGAGCCACUAGUUUCGAACCACAGUUCGUGAUUAGGGCCACCGAUGCAGAUGGCAGAACUCAAGGAGAAGGUCGCAUUAGAUAUACACUAGAAUCAGACAACAGUAUCACUCACAAAGGAAAAGUUUUUGAUAUCAACGAGGAUACUGGGGAAAUCAUUAUAUUGAGUAAAGUGGAAACUAUGGAUACUCCUCGAGGACAGUAUGAAUUGGUCGUCAGAGCAACAGAUUAUGGUGUUCCACCACUUUAUAAUGAAACAAAAGUUUAUAUACGAGUGGGUGUGCCCGGAAAUCAGCGGCCGACAUUCAAAGGCAACUACCAUCACUACAAGUACACCAUCAAUCAGAGAAGCCCAGAGAGCAAUGAGGGAUACACCUUUGAUCUGAAUCCCAUGAACUACAAGGCGAGCAUCAGAGAAGAUGCCAGACCAGGAGAGAAUGUAACUAGUGUGCUGGCUAAUGAUCCUGAUGGUUUGGAUGAUCUCUUGACUUACCACAUUGUAUCAGGUUCCAAAGACAACUUUAUAAUCAAUGAAACAACUGGGCUUAUAACUGUGUCUAAUGAUGCAAAUCUUGACCGAGAUGUUAACACUGACAAAUAUGAGAUAAUCGUGUCGGCAGUCGACAGCGGCAUGCCUGUCCCCGAGACUGCCACCACAACUGUCUUCAUCACUAUCCAAGAUGUUAACGACAAACCACCUAAGUUCAACAUGACUGAAACCACAACAUACAUUUCCGAGAAAACUAAAAUAGGUGAUUCUGUUACUAAAAUUGUAGCUCAUGAUACAGAUCUCAAUAAUAAAUUGAAAUACAGCAUAAACGAUCCAGUAAAAGCCUUUUCAAAAGCAGGGGUACAGUUAAAACCUAAUUCUCCCUAUGACUUCAAACAUAUUUUCCGUAUUGAUGAAGAUACUGGUGAGAUAUUUGUCAACGGUACUUUAGAUUACAGUCAAGCGUCUAUAGUUAUUUUGACGUUAAAAGUGGUCGAUGUCAAUGCUGAAUUGAACAAGGAGAAGCAGUUUGCUUAUAUUGAACACACUAUCUAUAUACAACCGUAUGCUGAUAAAAAUCCUCAGUUUGUGAAUCCUGGUUGGACAAGCUCUAAUCCCAUAAUACAUCAUAAAAUAGAGGAAGAGCAACCCAUCGGUAGCACAGUUUUAGUGCUCAUGGCUGAAGAUCCUGUGUCUGGACAUGUUGUAUCGAAUUUCAAAGUUAUCAAUUCUGAAACUGGUUUGCUACAAGUUGAUCCACUCAGUGGCCAAGUUGUAUUAACUAAACAUCUUGAUUAUGAAGAACUGACUUCUCCAAACUUAACAUUAACCGUGCAAGCAACUAGCAACGAUGGAAGUAAACACAGCAUAGCGAAGAUAAUUAUUGAAGUGAUGAACAUAAACGAUAACUCGCCCAUUUUUAGUAAAGAGUUAUACAAAGUGAGUGUAUUGGAGUCGAUCAAAUACCCAGAACAAAUAGUAACCGUAACUGCAUUAGAUGCUGACGCCGUACUGACAGACCUUGAUCGCCGCAAUGGUUAUUCGGAUCUACGAUACUCUCUGAGGGGAGAAAACUCUGAUCUCUUUUCCAUAGAUAAUAUCACUGGAGUUAUAAUAGUGGCCCCUAACAAGAGUCUGGACCGCGAGUGGCAGUCCGUGCUGCGGCUCACGGUGGAGGCGGCGGACGCGGCCGGCGGCGGCGAGCGGCGGCGCGCGGCCGCGGCGGUGCUCGUCGACGUGCUCGAUGUUGAUGACAACACGCCGACCUUCGAGAAGACUGAAUAUACUGCUGUGGUCGCUGAAAAUGUACCAGUGGGCAUCAACGUGAUCAACGUGACGGCCAGCGACCCCGACGAGGGCCUCGGCGGCGAGGUCACGUACGAGCUGUUAGAUGAAGGAGAGGCCAAUGGACUAUUCUCCAUCGAGCCAUCGAGUGGAUCGAUCGUGACGCGGCGCGAGCUGACAGGCCGCGGGCGCACGCAGCCCUACCGGCUGGUGCUGGCGGCGAGCGACGGCGGCGGGCACGCGGGGCAUGCGGCGCUCGCGGUCUACGUCGGAGACGUCAGCGAGAAUGACGGCGUGCCCAGGUUCAUCCGUCCGGCGCAGGGGGAAGAGCUCACUAUUAGUGAGAACGCCACCAUCGGGUCGCCGGUGUUCCAGGUGGUAGCCAGCGACCCCGACGACCCCACGCAGCCUUCGGGACAGCUGUACUACUCCAUACAACAAAGCAACGCCGAUGCCAAGAUUUUUGCAAUCGAUUCCCGUUCGGGUGUGAUCACGACCCGACAGGCGCUGGACCGCGAGCGGCGCGCGCGCUACACGCUGGUGCUGCAAGCCGCCGACCGCGGCGCGCCGCCGCAGCAGGCCACGCGCGUCGUGCACGUCAACGUUGCCGACGUCGACGACCACAAGCCGCACUUUCUUAGGAACCUCGAUGAUCCUCCAAUAGUGCUAAUGGUUAAAGAAGAGGUGCCGAUAGGAACCAUCAUCGGUCAAUUUGAAGCAGUAGACGAGGACAUAGGAGACAACGCAGCUAUAGACUAUGUUAUCACUGGGGGGAACGAGCAGGGCCUGGUGUCUCUCUCCCGCACGAACAGCAGCGCGGCGGUGGUGUCGGCGGCGGCGCGGCUGGACCGCGAGCAGCUGGCGCGCCUUACGCUCUCCGUCAAAUGCUUCAAGCUUGGCGCCAAGCCGCGCAUCACCCAUGGCUACAACCGACUGGAUCCAUCUGAAGUGCAAGUGCUUAUAAAAAUAAUAGACAUAGAUGAUCACUUACCAGAGUUUGAAAGCGCUAAUAUGACCGUCGGAGUUCGACUCAACGUGGCUGUAGAUACCGUGAUUGCUACAGUGAGAGCGACAGACCUAGAUCCCGAAGCGCCGCCUAUCGAUUACAAAAUAAUGAAUAUGAGUUUCGAAUCUCCAAUCAAAUCAAAGUCUAUGAAUAACAUCACUGAUGUCAUCAUUCUGAAUAAUACCACAGGAGAACUUAAGAUUAUGAAGAAUCUAAUACAUUUUGCUGAUGGCAUCUUUAGGGUCGCCGUGCGUGCGAACAAUUCUCAGGAGCUGGACCGAUUUGGAGUCGUCUUAGUUGAAGUAGUGGUGGUGCGGUCGCGCGACCUGCUGCGGCUGGCGGGCGCGGGGCGCGCGCGCGCUCGGCUGCAGCGCGCGCUGGAGGCCGCGCUGCACAAGCUGGGCCUCAAGCUGCAGAUGCACGACGACAUUCACUCCGCCUUGUUAGACGACCCUGGGCCAUGUUUCCAAUUCCGCAAGAUGUCAAACGGCGAAGCCCUGCCGCCCCGCGCCAUGCAGGCCGCCAUGCGUUCGCUGGGCGCGGAGCUGCAGAGCGUGCUGCAGGCGCACGGCGUGCGCGACGUGACGAGCUGCGGCGAGCGGCGCGCGCGGCUCUCGGCGACGCAGCGCGCGCUGCUGGCGCUCGCCGCCGCGCUGCCGCUCGCCGCGCUCGCCGCUACCGUACUGCUGUGCUGUAUGCACUCUAAUGCCAAGCGCCGCAGCCGGUCGGCGUUGCUGGCGCGCGCGGCGCCGAGCCAGCUGUCGCCGGCGCCCAGCGCGCGCCUCUACGCGGAGCCGCUCUACGCCACCUGACACUGCGGACGGGUCUGCUCCAGCAUACAAAUUCUUUCUUUCAACAACCAAAACUACGGAUAUUGUCAAAAGACUCCACAAUAAAACUAACUAACUUCUUACCGAGGCAACUGUACAUUCUGAUCACAGUUUUGCCUCUGAAUGAACACCAGAUACCUGUAAUGGCAACGUACUUACUAAAUAAUUUAAGCAACGAAAAUACUUUUGUAUAUUAUAAAAAUGUAAUUCAUAAUUUUACAAAAUCUUAGUCCCUUUCUGACUGCGUCUGGACUGCGACUGGUCAUACCUAUCAAUCAAAAUUAAUUUCACUGUAAAUAGACUAACUUAUUAUCAUUUUAAAAUUAAGAACUAGUUUUCAUUGUAAAUAAUUUACUUACUCGUUUUGUACCUAUUAUAUUCUUGCGGAGUCACCGACGAACCCUACUGUCCAAAACUGUAUAAUUACACAUUUGAAAAUCGUAGUAAUUUUAUAUAGAUAAGUAAUUAUGCAUAAAUACACAAUUUAAAAUUUCAA